CAACAGGGAAUCUGCCACUGCCUCACGUGCCGCAAAUUGACGGGCAGCGCGUACGCGACCUUCCUCCUCCUCCCGGACCCGGGCUCGUUGACCGACCGCCCGGCACCACCGGGCACCUCGCUCCACAUGACGUCGAAAACGUCGUCUGCAGUGCGCGAAACCACGGGCGUGCACGAGGUCGGGCUGGACAUGACGUUCUACGGGUGCAGCAAGUGUCCGUCGACGCUGUACAAGCGCGCCCCGGGCGGGUUUCCCGGCGUCGUGAUUGUUUUCGCGGGCGGCCUGGACGGCGGAGACGGCGCCGAUGGCAAGGCGCGCGCGGACGGUGGCCUGGAGGCCUGGGGCACCCCGCAGGUCGAGCUCUGGGUCAAGCACCGUCUCCCCUGGGUCGGCGAGGUCAAGGGCGCCAAGCAGUGUCAGGAGUUCGAGUGA